UGCGCUUCGCCGUUGGGAGUCCUACUUCCUCAUUGGUUUCUCUAGUUAGUUUAUCCCAUUGAAUUUCUCAAAUAGAAAAGAAAAUAUCUACUCGUUUCUCUCUCUUUUGACGAUUUUAUUUUAAGACUCGAAAUGUCAAAGCCUCCACCUAAACCUGCGAAGCCAGGACAGGUGAAAGUCUUCAGAGCUCUGUUCACAUUUGAUCCAAGAACUCCAGAUGAGCUCUAUUUUGAAGAAGGAGAUAUUUUGUACAUUUCAGACACGAGUGAUACUAACUGGUGGAAGGGGACCUGCAGGGGCAGGACGGGGCUGAUUCCCAGCAACUAUGUUGCUGAGCAGGCAGAAUCAAUAGACAAUCCAAUGCACGAGGCUGCUAAAAGAGGCAACUUGAGCUGGCUACGAGAAUGUCUGGAUAACAAAGUUGGUAUAAAUGGUCUUGACAAAGCUGGCAAUACUGCCCUCUACUGGGGAUGUCAUGGAGGACACAAAGAUGUUGUGGAGCUCUUGCUUGCACAGCCUAAUGUGGAACUUAACCAGCAGAAUAAACUUGGAGACACCUCUCUGCACGCCGCAGCUUGGAAGGGAUACUCAGACAUUGUGGAGAUGCUGCUGAACAGAAAUGCAAGAACGGAUAUUUUAAACAAUGAGAAGAAACUGGCCUUGGAUAUGGCAACAAAUGCACAGUGUGCAUCACUGCUGAAAAAGAAACAAGUAACCAAUGUAAUCCGGACUCUCAGCAAUGCAGAGGAAUACCUUGAUGAUGAAGACUCUGAUUGAGUUCCAGCCUUCUUCUUAAACUCUCUUGUAUGAAAAGGAAGAAACUAAAUUUGGAUACACAUUUGGAUAUUUCACACUUUCUUUGCUUCUAGGAAGAUUACACAUGCUUAAAAGCUUAUUGUAAAAUUAAUUUACUUAAAUAAAUUAAUGAACUUUUUGAUCAGCAAGAUUUAAA